GGGGAACCCCAUUUCCUGUCACCACCACGGGUCAACACUUUAAACCCUUUCUUUGAUUUUGAACUUAUUCUUCAAUCUCUGUUCUGUCAAUUAGAGACAAUUCUUGUUGGACUCUUCAACCUACUCUGUUACCCCGGAUUUUAGUCCAAUAUCCAAUCCCACGGGCCGGCCUGUCAUGAUUGCUGACCUGCUCGCGCCGCAGGCCACCCCCUACCUCCUCUUGGGCUUGGUGGCCGUCUAUUAUCUUCUCCCCUACCUGCAAACCUGGCGUCUGCGUGACAUUCCCUCUCCUGGGUUUGCUGCCUUUUCCAACUUCUGGCUCCUCUUGCAAGCCCGUCGCGGACACCGUUUCCUCGUCGUCGAUGAGGCCCACAAACGUUACGGAAAACUCGUCCGCAUCGCUCCCCGCCAUGUUUCCAUCGCCGAUGACGACGCGAUCCAAGCUGUCUAUGGCCACGGAAAUGGUUUCUUGAAGGCGGAUUUUUACGAUGCAUUUGUUUCCAUCCGCCGCGGUUUGUUCAACACUCGCGACCGUGCGGAGCACACCCGCAAGCGCAAGACUGUCUCCCACACCUUCAGCAUGAAGUCCAUCGGGCAGUUUGAACAGUACAUCCACGGCAACAUCGAGCUCUUUGUUCAGAAAUGGACCACCAUGGCCAACACCCAGCGCAACCCCCGCACUGGCUACGCUAGUCUCGAUGCGCUCAACUGGUUCAACUACCUGGCUUUCGACAUCAUUGGAGAUCUUGCUUUCGGCGCUCCCUUCGGCAUGCUCGAGAAGGGCAAGGAUAUUGCUGAGAUGCGCAAGACCCCGGAUGCUCCUCCAUCCUAUGUCGAAGCUGUUGAGGUGCUCAACCGUCGUGGUGAAGUCUCUGCUACUCUGGGCUGUUACCCUGCGCUCAAGCCGUUCGCCAAAUAUAUCCCCGACCGUUUCUUCCGGGAUGGUAUGGAGGCUAUCGAGAACCUGGCUGGUAUUGCUGUUGCCCGAGUCAAUGAGCGUCUCCGCCCUGAGGUGAUGGCCAACAACACUCGUGUGGAUCUUCUCGCUCGUCUGAUGGAAGGCAAGGACCAGAACGGUAACAAGCUUGGUCGCGAGGAGUUGACGGCCGAGGCCUUGACGCAGCUGAUUGCCGGUUCCGAUACCACUUCCAACACCUCCUGCGCUAUCCUCUACUGGUGCAUGCGCACCCCUGGUGUGAUUGAGAAGCUCCAUGAGGUUCUUGACGAGGCUAUUCCCAAGGACAUUGAAGUUCCUACUCAUGCCAUGGUCAAGGAUAUUCCUUACCUCCAAUGGGUCAUCUGGGAAACCAUGCGUAUCCACAGCACGUCUGCAAUGGGCCUGCCCCGUGAGAUCCCUGCCGGCAACCCGCCCGUCACGAUUUCCGGUCACACCUUCUAUCCCGGAGACGUCGUCUCGGUGCCCAGCUACACCAUCCACCACUCCAAGGAGAUCUGGGGGCCUGACGCCGACGAAUUUGUCCCCGAGCGCUGGGACCCUGCCCGCCUGACUGCCCGCCAGAAGGCCGCUUUUAUUCCCUUCAGCACCGGGCCCCGUGCCUGCGUUGGUCGCAACGUCGCCGAGAUGGAGCUGCUUGCCAUCUGCGGCACUGUGUUCCGGUUGUUCGAGUUUGAGAUGCAGCAGGAUGGACCCAUGGAGAGCCGUGAAGGCUUUCUGCGCAAGCCUCUUGGCUUGCAGGUUGGUAUGAGAAGAAGGCAGAUCGCUGCUUAGCUUGGUUUUGUUGCUGCGGCGGGUUGUACUUGACGGAAACGAAAUUGCAUGCUUGCAGGGUCAAUGGAUGUAUUCAUAGAUGGAUGAUUUGAUGAGAUGAC